GAAAUUACGUGCCGCCCAGUGAGACACCUUCAGAAAAGCGGACUCAGUCCUUUUGAAAGGACUUUUUAUAAAAUGUCCAAGGCGCUCACCGCUUACAUACUUGUCUUGAUUUUCAUUUAUUACGUGCGCGUUUUCCUUGUUUCAGACCAUUUGGUGUGCCCCGGAAGGAAAAACAACAGAAGAAGAGGCGAAGCCAGACGUAACGAAGCUGUCACUGAAGACGAUCAACCACUUGAUAACCGGCCUCAUCGGACUUCUCAUGAAUCUAAACCGAAAUAACCCCAUGAAGGAUGAUUCUUACUAAUCUCUAACACCAAAGAUUAUCGGAUAAAUUUAUACUUGAAAAGGUUCCAAUAAAAUAUGUAAGGCAUGGGAAACAACGGAUGUGCUUGCUGUAUAGUUCUUAUUUUACUGACCACUGUAUCGAUUGGAGCAAGGAGGCAGGAAAAACAAAUCUACAAUGGAUGCGUAAAGGAUGUUGAGGAGAGGUGCGAAUUAGAAGACGAAGUUGAAAUAUCGAAGCAAAAGCUGCGUAUCCUUCUGCGCGGCCUGGUGACCCUUCUGGUCAACCUUUUUCCUGACUGCCUGCCCAAGACAGAGCAGAAGCAGGACGAAGGAGUCAAGGUUUUCCGGCAGAUUAUCGCCUGUCCACCUUACCCUCUAAUGCAACCUAUGCAUUUGAAUAGUUGAUGGAUCUCAAUCUAAACCAACUUCUUUUCUCAGGAAAUGACUGCAUGCAUUUUCAAUACAAUAGUUGGUAAGCAAAUGCUACAUGAUUGGCGAGCUAAUGUAUAAUUUGUAAAACCUUUCUGCCAAUUAAAAUUGAAAUUAUUAGCAUGUUAUCAGUCAAUUUGCUUUCUUUGCAUUGCAUUAAAAUAUUUUUGUUUUAGAAUAAAUUAACCUUUUUGUAAAUAAAUUAUAGUUUUCAUCGUU